UGUUCCUCGUUCUCCCUCUACCUCUGCCUCCUCUCUCUCUCUCUCUCUCCCAUUCAGCCACCACCGCCAACAACAACAUCAUCACAGCAAGCUCAAUGGCGAGAUUCAAUUUGUGUGUGGUCCUCGUGAUUUGUGUGAGCAUCUUGGUGGUGAUGGCUUCGUCGCCGACAACAACGACAGCGGAUGCAGGGGACCACUUCAACCCCAUGGGAAUGGUUGGAGGAUGGGUAGCUUUCAAGAAAGGUUCAGGCUCCUCCUGCAAGGGCUCCAUAGCAGAGUGCAUGGAAGCAGGUGAAGAAGAGUUUGACUUGGACUCUGAGAUCAACCGGCGCAUCUUAGCCACAACUAAGUACAUCAGCUACGGUGCGCUCCAGAGGAACACUGUUCCCUGCUCUCGCCGUGGCGCUUCCUACUACAAUUGUCGCCCUGGUGCUCAGGCCAACCCUUACAAUCGUGGCUGCAGCGCCAUCACAAGGUGCAGGAGCUAAAUUAAAAUUAUUUCAUUUCUCCAUUUCAUUUCAUAUAUAUAAAACUACAUAUAUUUCAUUGUUAUAUUUGGAGAGUUCAGGGAUUUUAUGUUAAUUAAUCAUAUUUGCGAGCCACAUCUGUGACACUUGAUGAAUAUACUGUGUUCAUUAUUAUUAUAUUAAUAUUACAUUGUUUA